AUUACACAUUUCUUGUCAAUUAAUAUAUUUUGAUACGGAAUAUCUUAUAAAUAAUUAAUUAACAACUGAAAUUUGUGGAAGGAAAAAUAAAUUUCACUUUACAAAUUAUAACAUUGAAUCCCUGAAGAAAACUAUAUGAUUGGUAAAUUUUAAAGUCUAGGGUUUUUCGUAAGUGGCACCGAAGAACACCAACGCAACAGAACGAACCUAAAGAGAUUCUGAUUCAGCGGCUCGGAGAAAGACACAAGCGCAAGAAGAGAAAGGUGAAGAAGGAAGCAAGGAAGGGUGAGGCUCUGCAGAUUUCAAUGGCGGAUUUGGAGGGUGCAGAAGGUUACAAGCCUUCUGCAGAAUACGUGGAAGACAGCAAUGAUGCUCUGAUCAACUUGACUGACUCAACUGAACUUUUGUUUCUUAAGUUGCCUUCUUCCAAUGAUUUUUUGUCUGACAUACAUGGAAAGAAAUUGUCUCUCACACUUCAUAAUGAUGGUAAACUAGCCCGCUUUAAGGGUUCAUCAGGUAAGGCAUAUGAUUUUGUAAGCUUUUUCGGUCAGGAGCCAGACGAAACAGUUUUUGUUUCCUCUACAGAACCAAAAAUUGCAAAGAUUUCGAUGCGAGUUUCAACCGUCCAUUACCCUGAUCCUAAAGAACUUGAGAACCUCAAUUCAACCAACGUAAGACAUGCACAUCGACAUUCUUCUGGAAUCACAGGGACAACUUCAUCUCGAUACUUUCCUAUGCAAAGUGGUGGACGUGCAGCUUCAUCAAAAGGUAGCAGACAGAAAAGCUCUUUGUCUGAAUAUACUGAGCCAUCAAGUAUUUCAAAAAAAAGACACGAGUCUAAUUCUAAAUCUAAAUCUAAAUCUAAAUUCAACUUGUCUGAGGUCUCACAUGGUCACAGCAGUGGCAUUUCCUCUAUGUCCCCAGAAUAUUCUCAUGAAGGAAAACCAAAGAGAAGAAAACUCACGGAAUAACUAUAUAGGAAAGAAUAGGGCAAGAGUUCUAUGUUGUAAAAGGAUGAUGAAUUUACGUUGUAUUUUCUGUGGCUACCAUUUUCCUCUAUUUUUCAAAUUGUCAUUUGCUUCAGUUUCACAAUGUUCAUUAAUUGAAGGACCUUUCUUUUCUAA